AUGUCUUACUCCGAUUCUGGUCUCGAGUGCUAUGACCUCCCUGACUUCUCGGGAGCGAGCUCGUCUCGUAUAACUACUUCGGCUAGUAGUAGUGAGGGCUACUCUGGCAAGUUCAAGGACCCUGCAUCAAGGCCCAAGAUCCAAGUGCUGAGGGAGAGGACUUCCUCUGUAGGCACCGAGUGCAGCCGAAGGGGUGAUGAGUCUCCCCAUGAAAGUGCUAGGUCGAUGAAACUGAGGGAAGCUGAGGGGGCCUUGGGGUCGCUCGAGGUACUCGAGGGUGAGGAAGUCCUAGAGCCCAAUCCAAGAAUAGUGGUUGAGUAUGUGGCUUGGGGGGUAGUAGUGGAGCGCCUUGCCCGCUCCAAGUUAGAUAGCACCCUUAGCAUAGAGCAAGUGAAGGCUCUUGCUAAGCAAUAUCAUAUCCCAAAGGGAUAUCGGCUUAGGGUCCCUGACAUUGGUGAUCGGCCGUGGCUGCCGGAGGAGGGUGAGCACUACAUAGUUUACAUGGGAGAUCACUCGCACCCAAACUCAGAUUCUGUGAUCAGUGCCAAUCAUGAUUUGCUUGCUUCAGUCCUUGGCAGUUAUGAAGGAGCACAAGAGGCAGCGGUUCUCCAUUAUACGAAAAGCUUCAGAGGCUUCUCUGCCAUGCUUACACCAGAAUAAGCACAACUCCUUUCUGAGAGCGAAUCGGUUGUUUCUGUCUUCGAGAGCAGGGAAAGUCAUGUCCAUACCACACACUCAUGGGAGUUCCUAGGAGUCGAUUCCAUGUAUCAAUAUAAGCAACUUCCAAUUGACGUGAAAUCCGAUAUGAUUAUCGGUGUUAUCGACACCGGAAUUUGGCCGGAAUCAGAGAGCUUCGAUGAUAGAGGGUUAGGGCCAGUGCCCAAGAGAUUCAAGGGGAAGUGUGUCCCCGGACAAAAUUUUACAGUGGCUAAUUGCAACAGGAAAGUUAUAGGUGCCCGGUACUACACGAAAGGAUAUGAAGCAGAAAUCGGUGCACCUCUUGAAGCUCUCGGCGUUCCUUUCUUCCGGUCAGCUCGAGAUGAGAAUGGGCAUGGCACACACACUGCCUCAACAGCGGCAGGAUCUGAAGUGAGCAAUGCCAGCUUAUUCGGCAUGGCUGCUGGUGUUGCAAGAGGAGGUGCACCCACUGCUCGGCUUUCCAUCUACAAGGCUUGUUGGCUUGCCGGGUGCAGUGAUGCAGACCUACUCUCUGCCAUUGAUGAUGCUAUUGAUGAUGGUGUCGAUAUAAUCUCGGUCUCAGUGGGCGGGACAAGUCCUACUUACUUUGUGGACACAAUAGCCAUCGGAGCCUUUCAUGCAUUUAAGAAGGGAAUUCUGUUUUCAGCAUCAGCUGGAAACAAGGGAGUUAGUCCGCUGUCAUUGUCUAAUGGGGCUCCUUGGAUCCUCACGGUGGCAGCAAGUACUGUGGAUCGAGAAUUCAGAUCGGAUGUGUAUCUUGGAAAUUCCAAAGUUUUGAAGGGAUACGCAUUAAACCCAUUCAAGAUGGAAGGGUAUUAUGGUGUAAUAAAUGCUAGUGCUGCAGCUGCUCCAGGCGUUCCUUCUCGUAAUGCAAGCUUGUGCCAGAACAAUACUCUUGAUCCCACGUUGAUUAAGGGAAAAAUUGUGGUCUGCAUCAUGGGGUCGACGGACUCAGGGAAAAGCUUAAAACAGGGUGGCGCUAGAGGAGUUAUAUUCAUUUAUGAAUUUUCCAAGGAGAAAGCAAACCUCCAGUUUGUCCUUCCAGCCACAAUGAUUGAUGAAAAUGAAGCAAAAGUUCUCCUAGCAUAUCUAGCUACAAAAAAGAAUCCAACUGCAAAAAUAUCUCCCACGAAGACUGUUCUCAACACAAGUCCAGCACCGGUUGUGGCUAGGUUUUCUUCAAGAGGUCCUAAUUUCAUAACGCCUGAUAUUAUCAAACCUGACAUUACAGCCCCUGGAGUGCAAAUUUUGGCAGCUUGGCCGCCAAUAGCAACCGGCAUAACUGGUGGUCGGCCUACUGACUAUAACAUAAUAUCUGGAACCUCCAUGUCCUGCCCACAUGUUGCAGGAGUUGCUGCUAUUAUAAAAUCCCUUCAUCCUUCAUGGAGCCCAUCAGCCAUAAAAUCGGCAAUCAUCACAACGGCUUCGGUACUUGACAACACUCAAAAACCCAUAUUAAGUAUCUCAUCAAGUGACUCUCUAGCGACACCUUUUGAUUAUGGGUCGGGACACAUCAACCCAAUUGCAGCAAUAGAUCCUGGACUAGUAUAUGAAUUUGAUUCCACAGAUAUCAUCCAAUUCCUCUGUAGUUAUAAUACUACAGCUUCUGAAUUCUUCAACUUAGCAAGAAAGAGAAUUGUUUGCAAAAGCCCAUCAAUUCCCUCCUACAAUCUCAAUUAUCCUUCAAUUGGAGUGGUAAAUAUGAAUAGGAGCAUAGCAGUACAUCGAACAGUUACUUACUAUGGUAAGGGCCGAACAAUUUAUGUUGCAUCUAUAAACAAGCCAGCAGGUGUGGACGUUGUGGUCAGACCUAGCAAGCUCAAAUUCAGCAAAGCUGGUGAGAAGAAGUCUUUUGAGGUGCAUUUUAAGCCCUACAAGAAAAGUAAAGAAAGCUUUGUCUUUGGGGACUUGACAUGGAGCAAUGGCAUCCAUAAUGUUAGGAGUCCCAUUGGCCUCAAAGUUCUCUCAGUCUAGCAAUUUGGUGUUUAAGCAGCCUAGCUAACUAUAUUAUGUACUCUUUUUCUCUUCUCCUAGACGAUAUUUCCGAUAAAGAACCGUA